CACCAUGGUCGCGCUCUAGUGCUUCGUUUUCUGUAUUACCCGCUCCUCUCAGUCAAAGAAGCAUCGUCAAUGAAUGCUGAGAAGCUUCGGUCCAUAGGGCAAAGCCUAAUUGCUGUUGCUGACGGACACAGCAAUCUGGACGAUGUGUCAAUACAGGAGACCCUGAGGGAGCUCUUUGAGAAUCUACCUGACCGUAUCCGGGGGCUGAUCUAUGACAAGAUUAAGUCCAUAUCGAGCCACCAACUAGUGACCGAAUCUCUGGUACACCGUGGGUCCACCGACAAACACGAUGAACAUAUAUCAAGAAACGAACAUGAUGGUGAUGGUGCCGAGUCGAACGAAAGAGCUUAUGGGGAUGGGGAUACGUCUCAGGAUGAGCGCUGUUUGACUACCUGCGAAGCGCCAUUGCCAACAGCAGCUCCUCCAUCGGGAGCCCUCGUUGGAAUUGAGGAGAAAAGUCAGGGUGAGGACUUAUUUGAGGUACAGCCAGGCCACUCAAAGUUCCUUGAUCACUGGGCCAAAUGGCCCGAGACCUUUUUCGACAAAGACCCCUCUACCAACCUAAGUGUUGGGAUUUAUCAAUUUGUCAUCGACAUUGAAAAUUCACAGGAUCUAAAUGCGAUCAAACUGAGAUACACAUUUCGACAGCUGUAUCUGUCCAGAGAAUCAUGGGCCCGCUACCAAACGGAUGAGUUCAACAAAACAUUGGCCAAUGAUUAUACAAAGUCACAAGAGUCUAAGAUUAGGACCUGGUUGAAAGAAGGGCAUCUUUACGAUUUGCUCUGUAGAAGGUUUGGUAUUGGGUGCCUGUUUUGCGAUGUUGUGUCGCGGCCAGACGCUCGAAAAUUAUCUCUACCGACGGAGAAGAAACCCAACCGCCCUGCCUAUGAAACACUUCUCAGAGACCUCGAUCGUCGAAAGCUUGGGGACGUUUCAGAGAAAUACAAGCCAGCUGCCGACAAGAUUGCAUCAUACAUGGAAGAGAAGCAGAUCGCUGCUGGACUUCUGAGAGUUACUAAGAGGGCAGCCGACGAAUUGUCCAGGGAUCCACGCGAGACACGAUCGAAGAAAGUUUGCCGGCGAACUGGCCCUGAUCAACCCUCUAUUACACAGGAUGAUCUCACGUGCGACACUGGCCACGUUUCGACAGGACCUGGCACAGGAAGGGUCGCCGAUGAUGGUCGCAACGAUGGCUCUGGGCCCCAAAACGCAGCGGUCGUUAUACGUGAUGAUCAGCUCCGCACACCCUCUCCACAGCCUACAUCUCGUAACCGUCUACAUGAGUCUCUUGAGCAAAACGUCAUACCGUCGAACCCCAAAACAACUGCUGCAACCAUGAGCACAACCCUAACCCCGUCGCCAGCAUCAAAUACCGAUGCGGAAACGCAGCCCGGACGGGAGAAUACUUUGUCAGAUCGUCUACAAACAGAAAGCCAAAACCCUGACGCAGUAUCAAGUGCACUCUCGUCAAGCUCGAACUCCUUACCAGCAGACGGUUCGCCUCGCAGUGGCCAUACAGCAUCUAGUCAUCCUAACAGCGAGAUCCCCCAAGAACCACCCCCGUUUCUCCAGAGCCCAAGUCAUACGGACAUAUCGAGCGUCAGUGCACCCAUGCCCGACAAAUUUAAUUCUAUGCCGUCCCAGCAACAGUCCUCGCAUAAACAACAGCAGCACAGCCAAUUCCAUGGAGAUGAUCUCCAGACCUCUCAACAAUGUACAAUAAUCGGUCACAUGGAUAUGGGUGACACAGUUGCUAGUGUCAGUACUCCUGCGUCUGAAUAUUUUGAAUCGAGCCGGAAUAUCAACGAAGAGGGCACUGGCCAAGAGACUGCCCCAUUAGUGGCCCAAGAUGAAGGAGACCAGCAGCCAGGUUCUUCACACAGCGAGAUCCAGGAUCAAGGCUGGGGUAUCGUGGCUGAUGAGCCACUAGGCAUGUGGAUGGGACAAUUAUGCAACUACAGUGGAUUUACAUACACAGAACUUGAUUCUAAUGACCCUUGGUUCCCGAUACAAUAGGCAAUGGACAGGAUAUAUAUAGCCUUGGUAUUUAAGCCCCUUUAAGCAUGAGCUACCGCAAUUGUCCAACAACCCUCCCACUAUUUCCAGCAUCUCGGUUCACCUCUUCCUUGUCCUUUUCUUUGUAUCGGAAUGUGAGUAGCCACAUUCUGCAUGGCUUGCUAUCAUGUGGAGGUACAAAAAUAGAGUUGUCAGGUUCCAGUAAAUAUGCCUUCG